CUCCAGUCUCCAUUCUCACACUGCGGGUUUCGUGAGCGGCGUCGUCAAGUAGCAGAGCUCGGUGGGAGAAUGGAUUGGAACUUGAAACGAUAUGAUCGAUAUGAUGCAGGCGCCUUUAAUGCUUUCGAGACCCUGUUUGCUGCAGGCUCGGCAGCUGCUGCUCCCGUACAGAUGAUGAAAGGGCAUGCGGAGUUCGCAGUCGCAAGUCCAAUUUCGAACGUCAUCUGAGGCUCAUCUUCGACUGCAGCAACAAGAGCUUGGACUCUUCGUUGUGAUCAAUCAGUAGAAGGGAAAGGAAUUAGAAUAUUUUACACAGCCACUGAGAUGCAUGCAAAUUGCCAUGCCACAUGUUCGACGAAAUGCCUCAGAGAAAGACGCUACCUCCGUCACUUCAAUUCCAUCAUCCGUGCUUCGUUGGAAAAGGGUGUCCCCAAUAAAGCGCUCUCCCAAUUCAAGGUCUUCCUCCUAUCAACGCCCUUUCGGCCCGACCGCUGGACAUUUGCUCUUAUCCUCACGGCAUGCCUCCGGUCAUCCAACCUCGACACCGCAAUGGAAGCUCACGCUAGAGUCGUAAAGCAUGGCAUCAUGACUGGAGCCUCCGUAGCUACUCCGCUGUUUCACUUGUAUCUGAAGCAUGACCGUGUAGCCGAAGCGCUACUGCUGCUCGAUGAGAUGUUGGAUGAGAAGGUUGAUGCUGUGCAUGGGAAUUUAGUGAUCGUCAAGCUCCUGAAGAGCGGAGAGUUCGACAGGGCAAACCGGGUGUUCAAGAAAAUGCCGGUCAAGGACUUGGUUUCUUGGAACUCCAUGAUCGCAGGGUGUGUGCAGAACUCACGUCCGAAAGAGGCCAUGAGCUUCUUCGACCGGAUGAUGGGCUCCGGGUUCGAACCCGAUGGUUUCUCGUUCUCAUCGGUGCUUUCGGCGUGCGCUCGCGUCGGUGCUCGUGGGUACGGCGAAAGAGUGCACCGAUUGAUGCUGGAGAAGAGGAUUCAGCUUAAUUUUAUACUCUGCUCGGCUUUGAUCGACAUGUACGCAAAAUGCGGAAGCAUCGAUGCGGCUGAGGCAGUUUUCAACAGCAUUGCAAGGGAUAAUGUUUCCAUUUGGAAUUCGAUGAUCACCGGGAUGGCAAUCCACGGGCACGGAUCUGAUGCCGUCGCAUUGUUCUCUCGGAUGGAGAGUGAGGGCUUGGCACCCGAUGGAGUGACGUUCCUGGCGCUGCUGACAGCGUGCAGCCAUACCGGCAUGGUUGAAGAGGCUCGUAAACACUUCAGGAUGAUGACACAAGUGCACGGAAUCGAACCAGGAAUCGAGCAUUAUGGUGCAAUUGUGGACGCCACAGCUCGAGCUGGGCUGUUGGACCAAGCCUACGAGACGAUACGAGGAAUGGCUGUAGAGCCUGAUAGCAUCAUAUGGAGGAUACUGCUGAGCGCUUGCAAGAGGCACCACCGGCCCGACCUAGGUGAAGUGGCAAUCAAUCACAUGGCAAGCCGCGGAAGCGGAGACUAUGUGCUGCUUUCGAGCAUCUACUCGUCGGCGAGAAGAUGGAAUCGCGCUGCGCAAGUGUGGGAUUCCAUGAAGGCGAACAAAGUCCGGAAGAAACGAGGGAUGAGCUGGGCGGAAGUCGGGGGAAACGUGCACCAGUUCAAAGCUGGAGAUCGAUCGCAUCCCGAAACGCAUGAUAUCUACAGAGUCUUGGAUAGCUUGGCGAAGAGAGCAAAGAUGGAGGGUUUCCUGCCGAUGACGGAGCUCGUGUCCAUGGACGUCUUGGAGGAGGAAAGGGAGGAGAAUCUCAAUGUCCACAGUGAGAAGGUAGCUGUCGCUUACUGUGUGCUCAAAACUGGCCCUGGCACAGAGAUCAGGGUGUCGAAGAAUCUCCAGACAUGCGAGGACUGCCAUGAAUGGAUGAAGGUGGUCUCGAAGGUGCUGUCCCGUGUGAUCUUAGUUAGAGAUAGAAUUCGCUUUCACAAGUUCGAGAAAGGUGCUUGUUCCUGCAACGACUAUUGGUAGUGUUGCAGUCUGCGGCC